GGGGGGUAGAUGCCGGUGCGCAGGGUGUCCCUCCGAUGCUACACACACCGGCGGAGACUUCCUAUCCUCUGUGCUCCGCCAGCGGCUCCCGCAGUGACACUGCCAUCUAGUGGCGGCGGGCGGUAAUUUCCGUCGGCUCGCUCUGUGAUCUGUCAGUGCGGCAUUUCCGGGUCUGAUCCUGCAGUGAGAUCCCGGGACUGACCGGAGAAUUCUCUGGAAACAGGGGCCGGCAGGGUCUGACCAGAAGGAAUAUGGAUCUGGAUGUACUAAACAUGUUCCUCAUCGCCGGAGGUACCUUGCUUAUCCCAAUAUUGGCUUUCGUGACCUCUUUCUUUCUUUGGCCGGCUGCACUCCUCAGAAUUUAUUACUGGUACUGGAGAAGGGCCUUGGGGAUGCAGGUCAAGUAUGUCACCUGUGAGAACUACACCUUCUGUUACACAUCCCGUGGACGACCAGGGCCAAAGCCAUCAAUCCUCAUGUUACAUGGGUUCUCUGCUCAUAAAGACAUGUGGCUGGCUAUAGCCAAGUUCCUUCCUAAAAACUUGCACGUGAUUUGUGUGGAUAUGCCUGGACAUGAGGGAACCACGCGCUCCGCUUUAGAUGACUACACCUUCAGUGGGCAGGCGAAAAGAAUACACCAGUUUGUUGAAAGCAUAAAUUUGAAUAAAAAGCCGUUCCAUCUUGUGGGCACGUCCAUGGGGGGAUGUGUCGCUGGGGUCUAUGCUUCCCUGUAUCCCUCUGACAUCUCCAGCCUGACUCUCAUCUGUCCUGCAGGUUUGCAGCAUCCUAAGGACAGCAAAUUUCUGAAACAUCUGAAUGAGGUCAAGGAAUCUGGUGACGACGCAAAAAUCCUCCUUAUUCCUUCCACUGCUGAAGAAAUGGAGCAAAUGCUGAAGCUUUGUUCAUACGUUCGCUUCAAGAUCCCUCAGCAGGUCUUACAAGGGUUUCUUGAAGUUCGCAUUCCUCACAAUGACUUUUAUAGAAAAGUAUUUUUAGAUCUUGUAGAAGAGAAGUCGCGUUACUCUCUACAGGACAACAUGCAUAAAAUUACUGCUCCUACUCAAAUAAUAUGGGGCAGACAGGACCAGGUUCUUGAUGUUUCUGGAGCAGAAGUCUUGGCUAAUGCCAUACCAGGAAGCCAAGUGGAGAUACUGGAGAACUGCGGACAUUCAGUAGUGAUGGAACGACCUCGAAAAUCUGCAAAACUGAUGGCGGACUUUUUAUCUUCCUUGCAAAGCACAGAGAACAAUAAGAAGCAUGAUUAAACCUUCAAGAAGGCUCAGGACUCCUUAUGGUCUUCUCCAUACUGUAUUUCUCUGAGUGUCUCAGGGGAUCAUGUAGAACUUCUAGGAAAGUAGCUUAGUUCCUUGUGAACAGAAGACCAGAACUGUGUCUGAAUUCGGAUGACUUCCAGAUCAGCGGGGUUGCGCACAAUGGGUGUCGCAAGCUGUGGCAUUGACAAAAGCUGUUUCGUUGUAACUGGUGCUCGCUGGCAUUGUAAUAGUUAAAGCCUUCAUUCCAACUGAUACAAUACUCCAGAGUCCAAUGACCCGACGACGCUAUGUAAUGAUAGAAGCGUGAUGAAUUUGGCUCAUAAAUUAUAAGAUAUAACAAAAGUCAAGUAAGAGAAUCCCAUUAAUAGUGAUAAGCGGUGAGACAAUUUCACAAUUAUAUUGGCCACGUUACGUGGCUGAGGCAUAUAAAAACAUUGCACCACUUGCAGUGUGUGCGCUUAUAUCUGGGUAUUGUGCCUUCCAAGCAGUUUUAUGAGGAGAACGUCAUACAAAUCAGCACUGACACUGUGCCCAUGAUGGAUGAUUCUGCUGCUAUACAAUGAGCACUGCAUGGCUGUUUAUUGCCCAAGUCAUUUCCCUGUGGAAUUAG